AUGGCCUGCUCCCGACAAAAUACAAAUGGCUCUCGUUUCCCCGGUCCCGUACAAAUCCACAUUGAGCAUCUCUUCCGGCUAUACCUCUUGCAUGUUCACGAGGCCGAUGGUUCACACCCACCGGAGCUAUCCCACCCAUCCAAAUCAGCUGCGGAUGGAGAUGCAAAGCAAGCUAGCUCUCCCAAGCCGAAUUCCGGAGAGGAGCACGGCCGGUACGCAGAAGACGACGGGGAGGAUGAAGAUGAAGACGACGAUGAAGACGACGAUCACGAUAUACACGCGGAUAUAGACGAACUGGAUAAGGAUGCACAUGUUGCUCUUGGUCAUGACGACGAAGGCUUGACGCCCGGCCUCGACGAGGUGUUGCCGCUCGCACAUGGUCGUGCGGGUGCGAGUGCAGAUUCGAUCAGCAGGAGAGUGAGGGCGACAGAAGAAGGCCGUCGUCGUAAAGGCUGGAUCGCGAGGCGGAUGGAAUAUGGGCUCGUGGACGUUGUGCUCAUCUGUUUCUCGCUGGUCAACCGGACGAGCUUUGAGAGUGUAUCCAAUGUCGACGACCCUGCGUCCAUCCCUCGACAAUAUCCAUCCCGCCCACUCAAGUCGAUCCAAACUCCAGAGCGCAAAGCAUCUAAACAGAGUAAUGCAACUGGAUCCCCGCCUCUCUCACCUACUUCGUCUUCCUCGACGCAUAACCGUGGCGGCGCUCGACGACCGAAAAUGGCAAGGUCAGCAACGACAAGCACGAUUGGAACAAAUACCGAAGAAGGUGGAGAAAGAAAAGUGGAUGGCACAAAUCCGGUACCGGGUUCGCCGACUCGGGGUAGGCAUGAGAAAGGAGGAGGAAACGUGAGUGGGAAUGAGAGUAGUGCAAGUGGCCAAAAAGUCAAAACGAAGAGGUCAUUCUCGAUUGGCUUACCUCGCGCCUUUCGACGACGAAGUGCGACUGGGACUUCCGCGCCUCCAGCCCCACCAUCGUCCUUUCACUCGCCGUCGACAGGUGCUGGAGGCGAAGCUUCCGGGUCAGUAUCGGGAGAUACCGCGAACGGUAGACAGCCAGCACCUUUGGCAGUCCAACCGUCUGGUUCUACAAACACAAACGUGAGGCCAACUGGACCGCCUCUACUCCGCUCCCUGUCCAAUGCUCCUGUGCUCCGUCGUGUACUGUCUGCACGGUCUUCAACGGCGAAUCACCCGCUGACUAUGUCUACUCUCCCACUUGCGGACGGCGACCACGCGCCACGUCUUGAAGAUGCCCCACAGGGCACGUUGACAGAACGUCGACCUUCGAUUGUACAUCGCAAGACGUCGGGAUCCGCAGACGACGCGGGUCAGGGGCGUAAACUCGAGGUUCACGUCCGGACAAAUUCGCAACCUACACCAACAUCCGCUACGGCCGUCGGAGAGAGAGGACUCGUAGCUACCCAAACGGCGGUCAUCGGAGAUGCACCGAGGAGGCAAAAUCCGGGCAAACAAAGGACGCGGUAUCGAGUAGAGGCGCCGAUCAACCGACGACGUCUUCACUUUUACGACCAAACGAUGGUUCGCGACGACAAACAACGGGGGAGUGCUGGACUCGGUAAUCCUGGGGGAGAACGAGUUCGACGAACGCGAAUCGAAGAGCCACCGCUCUCUCAGCGCCAUCGUGGGUCGGUGGUAGGGAGCAUGCAUUCCCAUGGCGGAUCUGGGUCCAAUGUUCAACUGUCUCAUCACGCUACUUUGACAGAAGGUGCUGGAGGGAGACAGUGGUCGCAGACAAUGUCCUACGACGAGGCCAAAUCACUCGCGAGGAGGAUUGGUGCAAGCGGGUAUAUCGAGUGUUCGGCGCUGACGCUCGUUAAUGUUGUCCAAGUCUUUGACGAGGUUGUGCGGAUUGCGGUCGAACGGCGAACUGCGUCUGCGUCGAGUCUCCAUCGACUUCGCGGACGUGGUCGUGCAAAACGGGGCGAAGAUUGCGUCGCAUUUUGA